AUGUCCAAGUCAAUUGUCAACACUACCCCUUACCCUUUCCAGUUCAACCCGCCUGUGGUUGAGAAGGGAGGGAAGCUGGGCCAAAUCCAAGAUGUUGCUACCACCCUCAAGAACGUUCGGGGCAAGAUUCCAUCCGUUCAAGCCAGCCGCCUGAGGUCCAUGAUGCUGGAAGCUCACAACGACCCAAGCAAGAUCCUAGCGCACUGCUGCUCUUAUGAUGGUCUUUCCUCUCGUCUCGUCGAGGAAGCCGGCUUCCCCAUGAUCUUCUUGGCUGGUUACCCAGUUGCCAGCGCCUACGGUCUUCCCGACACUGGCUACAUCGCGAUGGCUGAGAUGUGCGAUAAAAUCCAAGAGGCCGUUCGCCAGGUCAAUGUCCCAGUCAUGGCCGACGGCGACACUGGAUACGGCAGUCCUUUGAACGUUCGCCGCACGGUCGAGAGUUACGCUCACGCCGGCGCCGCCGGAAUCAUGAUUGAGGACCAGACGUGGCCCAAGAGAUGCGGUCACACCAAAGGCAAGUCCGUCGUUUCCCGAGGCGAAGCGUUCGCUCGUAUCAAGGCCGCUUGCGAUGCUCGCGACGAGGGCAAGGACAUCUUCGUCCUUGCACGAACCGACUCUUUAAUACACGGAUGGGAAGAGGCCAUGGCCCGGGCUAAGGAGUUCAAGAGGCUGGGUGUCGAUGCGGUGUUCGUGGAGGCCCUUCCCGACCGCGAAUCCAUGCGCAAAUGCGUAGAGGAGAUUGGCAUUCCUACCUUUGCCAAUAUCAUCGAGGGUGGCCAGACAGAGAACCUCUCAGCCAAGGACCUUGCUGAGCUGGGCUUCUGUGCAGUCGCUUAUCCAUGGACCUUGGUAGCCGCUAAGCUCAGAAGUAUUCGAGAGACCCUCGAAGAUUUGAAGAAGAGCAUGACCGUCGGCGCGCCACCUAUGAUCCUCUCAUACAGUGAGGUCUGUGAAGGUGUUGGUUUCAACAAAUACUGGGAUCUCGAAGAUAAAUAUCGAUUUGACGAGCAAGGCCUCACCAACGGCCACCAUUAA